UCGGCUGCUGCUCUGGGAGCCCAUGGUCGUACCUGGCCGCUGCGGCACUGACCGGCCUGUGCCAGGCAGAGGUGUCGUGUCGGGUGGGCGUCACAACAAGCUGUAUUUAUACAGGCUGCUGCUCCAAGGUUGUGAAGACCCGGUGGCUGUGUGUCGAGGCCAUGGCGCCAAGGCUCCCGGGAACGGGGUCUCUCUCUCUCACAGGCCUUGGAGUCCUGGUCCUGCUUUUUGCUCUCCCUGCUGACGCUGGGCUUUCUCAGAAGCAUGUUUCCGACGUCAUUGAUGACAGCAAAGAUAACAUCACCAUUUUCACCCGCAUCCUGGACAGGCUGCUGGAUGGCUACGACAACCGCCUCAGGCCUGGACUCGGAGACAGUGUAACUGAAGUCAAGACAGACAUUUACGUGACGAGUUUUGGCCCCGUCUCGGACACAGACAUGGAAUACACCAUUGAUGUGUUUUUCCGGCAGUCCUGGAGAGACGAGAGGCUGAAGUUCGAUGGUCCCAUGAAGAUACUCCCCCUGAACAACCUGCUGGCCAGUAAGAUCUGGACCCCUGACACCUUCUUCCACAACGGGAAAAAAUCUGUCGCCCACAACAUGACAACACCCAACAAGCUGCUGCGCCUGGUGGACAACGGCACCCUCCUGUACACCAUGAGGCUAACGAUUCAUGCCGAGUGCCCCAUGCACCUGGAGGACUUCCCAAUGGAUGUGCAUGCUUGCCCACUGAAAUUUGGGAGCUAUGCCUACACAAAGACAGAGGUGAUCUACACCUGGACUCUGGGGAAGGAUAAAUCAGUGGAAGUAGCAAAGGGUGGAUCUCGCCUGAACCAGUAUGACCUGCUGGGCCAUGUUGUUGGGACAGAGAUGGUCCGAUCCAGCACAGGGGAGUACGUCGUCAUGACCACACACUUCCACCUCAAGAGGAAGAUCGGGUACUUCGUCAUCCAGACCUACCUGCCCUGCAUUAUGACUGUAAUCCUGUCCCAGGUCUCUUUCUGGCUCAACAGGGAGUCUGUCCCUGCCCGAACGGUUUUUGGUGUCACCACCGUCCUCACCAUGACCACACUAAGCAUCAGCGCAAGAAACUCGUUGCCUAAAGUGGCGUACGCGACGGCCAUGGACUGGUUCAUAGCCGUCUGUUACGCCUUUGUGUUUUCUGCGCUGAUCGAAUUUGCCACCGUCAACUACUUCACCAAGCGCAGCUGGGCUUGGGAUGGCAAGAAGGUGCUGGAGGCCCAAGAGAUGAAGAAAAAAGAACCGGUGGCACUAGCGAAGAAAACCAACAACACCUACAACAUAGUUGGCACCACAUAUGCCCUCAACAUUGCCAAGGACCCCGGCCUGCCCACCAUCUCCAAGAGUGCUGCUGCCACCGCGACGGCCACCAGCGUGCCCCCCAAGAUGCACCGCAUAGAGGAGAAGCUCCCAGAGAGUAAGAAGACGUACAACAGCGUCAGCAAGGUAGACAAGAUGUCCCGCAUCGUCUUUCCAGUCCUCUUUGCCAUUUUCAACUUAGUCUACUGGGCUACCUACGUAAACCGGGAGUCAGCUAUCAAAGGAAUGAUCCCCAAACAAUAAAACCGGUCCAAUAAACCUUCCAUCAGUGAGCAACACCCAGGCAGGAAUUCUCCAGGGCUUUCUUCUCUCCUGUUUUGUUUAAUUAUUAUUGUUCAUUUGAUAUUAUUAUUACUAUUAGAUCAUUCUUUUAUAAUGUAAACAAAACUGUGAUUUUAAUUUAAUCCCGUAUAC